AUGGAGCUGGUACAGUUCUCAGGUCAGGAACACCCCAAGGGCCCCGGACACCCGCACCCCUUCCCCAGCUCCGUCCUGGCGAUCCCUCGCGCCCCCGCGGCUCUCUCCAGCCCCCGCCCCCGGCACGCCCCGCCCGCGGGGCACAAUCCGCUGCCCGGGCCCCGGCGUCUGUCCCGGGCCCUUUCCCGGACGAGGCCAGGGGAGCACUGGGCUGGCGGCCGCGGGCCAAACAACCUCUGGAGCGACCAGAGCCUGGAGACAGACCCUGACCUUCCCCCAAGCUGGAGGAAAAUCUGUGACUCUCUGGGUACCUAUUACUGGCAUGUGCCAACAGGCACGACACAGUGGCAGCACCCUGCACUCACCACCGGCCCAGGAGGGCACACGAAGGCUGAUGGAGAGGAGACACUCCAGGGAAGGGAAUGCCAGGGCCCUGCAGCAAAGCACUCAGCAAAGGACCGGCCUAUUCCCAGCCCCAUGGCUUCACUGUCCCGGAGGCACUCGCUGUCCUGGCAUGGAGAUGACUUCCAGCACAGCGCAGAGCCCGACUCCAAGUGCUUUGCUGUGCGCUCUCUGGGCUGGGUGGAGAUCCCCGAGGAGGACCUGGCACCUGGCAAGAGCAGCAUUGCCGUCAACAACUGCAUCCAGCAGCUCUCCAACAGCAAGGGCCAGGGCUCUGCAGAGAACCAGGGUGAGGGCCAGGACCUAGUGAUGAUUCUGAAGAAAGACACCAUGAGCCUGGUGGACCCCCUCGACCACAGCCUGAUCCACCGCCAGCCCAUCCUCAACAUCCGUGUCUGGGGUGUUGGCUGCAACAACGGCAGGUGCCAGGGGGACAGAGACUUCGCCUUUGUGGCCAGUGACAAGGACACCUGUGUCCUCAAGUGUCACGUCUUCCACUGCAAUGUGCCUGCCAAGGGCAUCGCCAAGGCUCUGCAUGAGAUGUGCUCCAAGAUCGUGGCCGAACGAGCUGUAGCGAGCAGCAGGCUGCCCCGUGCCGCCACGCUGGAGCCCAUUUCUGCCGAGGACCUGCCACUGCAAGUGGAUAUCCUAGAAGCGGUGCGGCAGUCGAUGCAGACCUACGAGGCGCUGUACAUCGGCAGCCUGCCCGUGCCCAGGGCCAUGGGGAUGGAUGUGUUGAACGACGCCAUCGAGAAGCUGACGAGACGCCCUGGGCGGGAGAACUGGACGCCCUCCCUCAUCUACGUGUCCGACACGGCCAUGAGGGUGCACCCGGCACAGGAGCCCGAGGAGGCGGCGCACAUCUGGGAGUGCCAGGUGCGGUACGUGACCUUCCUGGGCGUGGGCCGGGACGCGCACACCUUCGCGCUCAUCGUGGACACGGGGCGACGCUUCCAGUGCGCGGCCUUCUGGUGCGAG